UUUGUAAGAGUGAACACAUCUGAUCUUCACUCACAGAAACAAAGAUUUUUCAAAAGUCCAGAAGAACACAAGGUUUGUCUGCACCUUCACCGCAGGUAAAUAACAACAGGGAUGUUCUCUAGAGAUCUAAUGUGUUCAAUCUGUCUGGAAGUGUUCAGUGAUCCAGUCAGCACUCCAUGUGGACACAACUUCUGUAAGAUCUGUCUCAGUACAUACUGGAACAACAGUCAAGACUGCAGAUGUCCAAACUGUAAAGAAACAUUCAAGCAGAGACCUGAUCUCAAGAUUAAUACAACACUCAGAGAUGUUGUGGAUGAACAUAAGAAGAAAUGUCAUGAAGAACAAGCUGAAGUUGUGUGUGACAUCUGUAGUGAAGGAAAGCUGAAGGCUGUGAAGUCGUGUCUGGUGUGUCAGAGCUCUUACUGUGAAACUCACCUGGAGCCUCAUUUGAGAGUGUCAGGAUUACAGAAACACAAACUGAUUGAUCCUGUGAAGAAUCUGCAGGAUUAUAUAUGUCAGAAACAUGACAGACCUCUGGAGCUCUUCUGUAGAGAUGAUCACACAUCAGUGUGUCUGUCCUGCGCUGAUGGAGAUCACAAGAACCACAACACUGUUCCUAUAACAGAGUCUGAGCUGCAGGAGAUGAUGGAGGAGAAGCAGAAAGCAGCAGAGACACACGAUGAAUAUGUCAUUAAAUAUCUGGAGCAGGAGAUCACUGAAAUGAAGAGAAACAUUAAGCUGCAGAUGAUAGCUGAGAAGCAGAGAGCAGCAGAAACACGAGAUAAAUGUCUUAUUAAUGAUCUGAAAAAGGAAAUCACUGAGAUACAAUGGAGAAACAAUGAGUUGGAGAUGGUGAAACAGAAGCAGAUCACAGCAGAGAAUGUCAUUAAAGUUCGAGAUCAGGAGAUCACUGAGCUGAAGAAGAGAAACACUGAGCUGGUGAUGGUGAAACAGAAGCAGAUCAUAGCAGAGAGACAAUAUGAAAAUACCAUCAGAUAUCAAGAUCAGGAGAUCACUGAGCUGAAGAAGAGAGAUGCUGAGCAGCAGCAGCAGAUCUCAGACACUGAAGAUAAUCUCCUCCUCUUACAGGAAUACUUGAGUCAUCAGCAAAGGUCUUCAUCUGAGGAUUUGUGCUCAAGGAUUGUAGGAAUGGUCCUGUUAGUGUCGUUUAUUAUUGCAUCUGUUAGACUUGAAUUGCUACAAAAAGAAUUCACUGAGCUGCAGAUGAGAAACGAUGACCUGGAGACAGACAUGCUACGCUGCAAAGAAUUGAGGUUGAAGUGGAUGCAGCAGUAUGCAGUGGAUGUGACUCUGGAUCCUGACACAGCUCAUCCUGAACUCAUCCUGUCUGAUGAUGAGAAACAAGUGAGACAUGGAGGCAUUAGACAUAAACUCCCAGACAACCCAAAGAGGUUUGAUGGAUAUCCAAUUGUUCUGGGAAAGGAGGGAUUCUCAUCAGGGAGAUUUUAUUAUGAGGUUCAGGUGAAGGGAAAGACUCAAUGGAUUUUAGGAGUGGUCAGAGAAUCUAUUAACAGGAAGGAAUUCAUAACACUAACACCAGUGAAGGGAUUCUGGGCUGUGAUUAUGAUAAUCGAGAACUACUAUUUAGCUCUUGGUGAUCCCCCUGUCUCUCUGUCUCUGAGUGUAAAGCCACUGAAGGUGGGUGUGUUUGUGGAUUAUGAGGAGGGUUUGGUCUCCUUCUAUGAUGUGGACAACAGAUCUCAUAUCUACUCUUUCACUGAUCAAUCCUUCACUGAGAAACUCUAUCCAUAUUUUUGUCCUGGUCUGAAUGAUAAAGGUAAAAACCCAUUGAUCAUCACACCUGUCAUAAAAUAAACAAUUGCUUUUCAUAAUUAAAAAUAAAAAAUGAAGCCUGUCUUUUUUGGAUGACAAUAAAAUGUAUUUUACACUUGCAGCUGUUAUUCAGUUUUUUUAUGUGCAGUAAAUGGGUAGUCGACACAUGACAGUUCUUUAAUCAGUUGUCAGUCAUCAAGAUUUUACAUUAAAAUGUAUAUGAAUGCAUAA